AUGUCGAGCAUGGCCGAACCUCAAUCUGACCAUAGCGAAAAUGAACGGCCAGUCGAUAAUUCUCAAAGCGAAGAUAAUUCAAGCGACGACAAUGAGUCCAGCGACGAGAGCUCUGAUGACUCUGAUGGCGGAGGAUUACUCGACACUAUGGCCGCUGACGGCAGCGAUUCGGAAUCCAGUGAUGAUGACGACGAAAAUGAGUACCAGAGUCACUUCAGAUCAGCUUCAACCGACGACUACUUUCCGCAAUUCUGUCGAUUACCCAUAGAGUUGCGCCACCGCAUCUGGGAAUUGUUCUGUCCUGAACUUUGCGCUCGUUAUCGUGUUCUCGACUUCAAUAUCUCCUGGGGAACGGCAAGACAUCCCGAAUCGGACAGUGCUUUUGUAUGGACCGUUCGUGAGGGCCUCGCGCUCGAGGAUCAGACAAAAAACCUGCGCACAGUCUUUGCAGUCCACCAAGAAUCUCGCGCCUUUGCGACAAACGCUUUUCCCAACACCCUUGGCAUAGAGUUUGGCGCUGGAGACGCCAUUGUUCCAUUCAACCAGAAAUCGGAUGUUGUCCUUGUCAACGGCCUCUCUUGUCCUAGCGGGAGGCUUAUUUUUCACUUGCCCGACUUUGCGAGCCAAGUCAAAAACCUUGCGCUUGGCGGGCCUGCUAUCAUGGACAAUCUGAACGAUUCCAACAUGCUCACAAUAUUGAACGAGUUUACCCAGCUCGAAUCAUUCUACGUCAACGUUUCCAGCAUGGAUUGCCAGAAGUCAAGCCUGCAAUGGUGCACCUCGGAUUUGGUCAAUCACUACCGAACGGAAACAUACGAGAGACAGCCUGGCCUGGGAGAAGACUUGCAGUUCCUAUGGUGCUGGCCCGAUUUGGAGCGGCACCCUGACUUUGCGAAAUAUCAGAUCAACAGAGAUACGUGGGACAAUCUACCAGAUAGACUUGCCGCAAGUCUGGAGAAAAGAGGGAUCAAGGCUUGGCCUAUGGUUGCCUUUGAGUUUGAGAGUGGAUUGCGUAGGUUCGAGCUACUACAAACACUUGGACCUGACUUUGGCGACGACAGCGACAGUUCGGAGGAGGAAGAGGAUGACGACGACGACGAUAAUGGACCGGAUUUAGAUCAAUACGAAAGUGACGGAAUUGACGACGACGAGAUUGUCGAGAGGUAUGAAGAUUCGGAUGAUGAGGGCAUUUCUUUAGCCAGCGGAUCGCCAGCACCUGCUCGAAAAUUUCACCAGAUUUCCGACGACGAGGAUGAUGAAGAUGGUGAAGGAGCCAACUUUUCCGAACCAGAACCCGAGCCAGAGUCUGCGCCCGUGCAGCGCGGUCGCAAACGUCGCGUGGUUUCUGACUCGGAUGACGAAGAAGAGGAAGACGUCCAACCUUUGACAAAACGCGCUAGAGUUAUCGUUGAGUCCGACGAUGAAGAUGACGAGCCACAAGUUCCUCAACCAGAGCGAAGCCAAAAGCGGGCCAGGCCGGUGGUAUCUGAUGACGAAGACGACGAUGAUCAAGGCGGCGUCUCAAGACAAGACUCGGACAACGGAGAAGACUCCUCCAGCAGCGAAGAAGAAAGUGAAGAGUCGGAUGAAGAAGACGCGCCGCCCGCAAAGCUAUCUUUAGCAGAACGUCUACGUCUCCAUCGCGAAGAGAACCCUGUCGACAAUGAGGAUUCAGACGAUGAUGCCAGCAGCAGGACUGCAGAUGAAGGCAGCGAGGACGAAGAGGACGAUGACGAGGAGCGCAAUCCAUUCAUGAUGGGCAUGGCCGAUGAGUCCGACGGAGAAGGAGAAGAUUAUGACGAGGAUGAUUACUGA